AUGCUCCGGUUCAAUCCAGGUUUGCCUCAUAAGACCACGGCGCACACGAUAGGAAUCGGGCAGUUAAUGAUCACGUGGCUAAAUCUCGAUACUUCUGUUUAA